GCCUCCCUCGGACUUCCCGGCCGUGGCAGGGCGCUGUGGCUGCAGCGGCUCCCAGCCCGCUCCCAGUGCUGCGAGCGCAUAGCGCGGGCUCGCCACGCUCGCUCGGGCGACUGAUUCCCCACUGCCGGCCUUGGUUCAGCUCCGCGGGCCCCGCAGCCGCCGGGCGGGAUCGGGCAGGGCCGGGCGGUCUCCCCUGGCGAGCCCCCGACAGAGCCGAUGUCCGCCGCGCCCGUCCGGUCCCCCACGCUGCGGCCGCACAGGAUGAAGAAAGAGGAGUCGUUCCUGGGCAAGCUCGGCGGGACCCUGGCCAGGAAGAAGAAAGCCAAGGAGGUGAGUGACCUCCAAGAAGAAGGUAAAAAUGCCAUCAAUGCACCAAUGAACCCAAGCACAGUGGACAUCCAUCCAGAAGACACACUAUUAGAGGAGAAUGAGGAACGCACUAUGAUCAAUCCUAACUCAAAAGAAGACCCCAAGUUCAAGGAGCUGAUCAAGGUUCUAAUUGACUGGAUUAAUGAUGUGCUGGUGGAGGAGAGAAUCAUUGUGAAACAGCUUGAAGAGGACCUUUAUGAUGGGCAGGUGCUGCAAAAGUUACUGGAAAAAUUGGCUGACCAUAAACUGAAUGUGGCAGAGGUGACACAAUCUGAAAUUGGUCAGAAGCAGAAGUUGCAGACAGUCUUGGAAGCUGUCCAUGAUUUACUCCGACCCCAUGGCUGGACAGUCAAGUGGAAUGUUGAUUCCAUCCAUGGCAAGAAUUUGAUUUCCAUCCUGCACCUUCUGGUGGCUUUGGCCAUGCAUUUCCGAGCUCCCAUCCGGCUGCCUGAGCACGUGUCUGUGCAGGUGGUGGUUGUACGGAAACGUGAAGGCCUCCUUCAGACCACUCAUGUUUCAGAGGAGCUGACGACCACGACAGAGAUGAUGAUGGGAAGAUUUGAGCGUGAUGCCUUUGACACUCUCUUUGAUCACGCACCAGACAAGCUCAGCGUAGUCAAAAAGUCUCUGAUCACCUUUGUGAACAAACACUUGAAUAAACUGAAUUUGGAAGUAACAGAGUUGGAAACCCAGUUUGCAGAUGGUGUUUACUUGGUUUUGCUCAUGGGUCUCCUUGAGGACUAUUUUGUUCCUCUUCACAACUUCUACUUAACACCUGAAAGUUUUGAUCAAAAGGUGCACAAUGUUUCUUUUGCUUUUGAGCUGAUGCAAGAUGGAGGCCUGAAGAAGCCAAAAGCUCGCCCUGAAGAUGUUGUCAACUUGGACCUGAAAUCUACCCUCAGGGUUCUGUACAACCUUUUCACCAAGUACAAGAACGUUGAGUGAUCCUGGAAGCUGCUGAGGUCUCUUCAUCCUUCAACCUCCCCAGGCAGAAGUUACAAUAAACACACUCUCUGCAUGCUCCCAUUGUGCCUUAUGCUAUGUACUUCAUGCAUUCUUCGUACAGCUGAUGUGUUCCCUCUGUAGCUGUUUGUAAGACAAUCCCACUAAAAAUGAUGCAUGUGUAUUCUCUAGGUCACUUGAAAAUGUGUAGAUAUUUCACACUUUUGAAUCUGUUGUUUGCUAUAACCCACAAAUGUUCUUUUGAGAAAGGAAAUAUACCACCAACUACUUUAAUAAACAGGGAAAACAUGAGGCUUUCCUCACGGCUCAAGAUUC